AAAGCAUAUGAGUAUUCCAUUCCAAAUACUUAGUUCUACAUAAUCAGUUACCAUUUGCAUCAAGCAACUUGUUAUUCUUCCCACACAUCAACACGUUUUUUUUAUAACAACUUAAACCCAUUAAUUUUGUAUUUGAUCCAUUCUAAACUUCUCCAUGUACUAACAAAACAUGUUCGUCGAGAUGUUUCAGCUUCUAUUCACGAUCGUGUCAAUCGAAGCCGUCCUGAUUUUAACACUCGGGUUCGGGACACCAGCGAGAAGAGUGGUAGUGAAAUUGCUAGACAUAUCAAAGCAAGGUCGAGGACCACUGGUCGCGAAAACGGUCGCAGCCACUAUGCUUGUGUUGUUUGGCUCGGUUAUGUACAGCACGAUUCAAAUCAACACAAGGGUCUCCGAAUCUGGUGGUGUAGCAAACUCGACCGAUCAAGUCAUGUUUGCAAAUCGCCUCCUCGAAGCUUUCCUCAUGGGGACUAUCUUGUUCUUGGCAAUGGUUAUAGACAGAAUGCAUUAUUACACAAGAGAGCUUCAAAUCACAAGAAGAAACUUGGAGAUUGCUGUUAAGACGAAGAGCAAAACUGGUGCUUAAUUACAAAGCCAAAUUUAGCAUCUAAAAAUCUGUAAAUAUGUGAAUAUUAAUUAAAAAAGUCACACUCGUGUUACUUUAUUUAAAAAAAUAAAAGUGGUCGUCAAGAUCACAAAUCCAUGUGUACCACAUACUUUCUAAAUCAAUCGGUUCGAGAUUGAACCCGGUUUAAUUACA